GGGCGGGACUUUUCCCUGAUCCGCCUCCGCCUGUCAAUUCUAGCCGUUUCCAUGGAGAUGGAACACAGCCUGGAGGCCAACAGCACGAGUAAGGUGACCGGGGAUCCGCUCGCAGCAUCCAUCGGCCCGGGUUCCUGAGCGGAGAGCGGAGGCAGAUGAGGGCGGUCAGACGGAAGGGCGACUGCCGCAGAUGCAGAUACAUGACACGCCAUGGAGAAGUAUGAGAUGAUAUUAAAAAUUGGCAGAGGAGCAACAGCUGAAGUUUUUCUCAUGAGGAACACAGAGACCAGGAAAACGUAUGCUGUGAAGAAAAUCAAAGUAGAUGCGAGUAAGCGUACCAGAACUAAAGACUCCAUACUCCACGAAGCAGUUAUCAUGGGCAAACUUAUCCACCCGAACGUUGUGGUGUGCCAUGAAUACUUCUGCGAUCUGGAGGACGAGUAUGUUUUUAUCGUCCAAGAUUACUGUGAUGGAGGGACAUUAGAUGAUCACAUCAAGCAACGGAAAGGUGUCCUCUUCCCAGAAGACACCAUCAUGGACUGGUUUAUCCAGUUGACCAUGGCCAUUCAGUAUAUCCAUUCCUUGAAAAUUCUUCACAGAGAUAUCAAAACUUCAAACGUCUUCCUUACCAAAAAGGGAAUGAUCCGGCUCGGGGAUUUCGGCAUCUCCAAGAUUAUGUCCAACACUACGGAUAUGGCAAGCACGUGCGUGGGAACGCCCUAUUAUCUCAGUCCGGAGAUGUGUCAAGACGUUCCGUACAGUUCCAAAUCGGACAUUUGGGCUCUGGGAUGUUUACUUUACGAAAUGUGCGCCUUGAAACCAGCCUUCGACGCGACAAACCUAUUAAGCCUGUUUUACAAAAUUGUUUACGAGAACUCUCCCCCGCUGGCGGACAGCUACUCUGCCGAUUUACAUCUGUUGGUCGAAACCAUUCUGGACAAAUGCCCCGAAUCCAGGCCGAGCGCAAAUAGCAUUUUAAGUUCAGCCUUCGUUCAGGAACAUUUGAAACAAUUUAUACAGAAGCACGAAUUUCAUUUGUAUAAGCAAAAUUUGGUGAAGAAAGAAAAUGGCGACGUUGGCGCGUCGGAAAAUCGGAGCAAAACAUCCAUGGCAAGUCGUGAUGUCUCCAAAGAAGACUUUAGGUCUAAAUCUGCCCCGCCGAGCUCUCACAGGCUGAUCGUUGGAUCUUGUGAAUUGUGGGAUCCCGAGGAAUUAUCGGGCACUGCAGACGGAUCCGACUACUCUGAGGACUUUGACAAAGACAGUCUGGCCUCUGUUGAGGAAGACCUGGAAGAAGAAACUUGCAUGGGGUGUCCGAAUGAAGAGAUUCCAGAGGAACUUGGUUCUGGUGACGACGAAGGGCCCGAUUAUCCCGAUGAUUUUGAAGAGGUUGAAGGAAACACUCUGGAAAUGAUGGUGAAUAAUGCUCGGUCAGCGAUGGACGUGUCUGCUGAUAAUGAAAGCUUCCAAGAUGACCAAGAAGAUGAGGAGGGCCAUACUUUGUCGGAGACUCUGAAGACGCUCUGCCAGCAGUGCAUAGAUGACGUUGGUCCAACCUUGUACAACGAACUUUCCAGCCAGUUCCUCAAAGGAUUGACACUAGAAGAUCUUCAGCCCCAGUUUGAACACAAGAUGGGUCCAGACAGACUUGAGACAUGCUACCUCCUCUUCAAUAUGGAUCAGGAUGCUACUAGACAAACAUCUGAGUGAUCAUCUGUUGGACAUUUUCCAUAGUUGGAAUGCUGAAAGCUCACUCGCCAAGUGCCGAUUAUUUUCCAGACUUUAGGUUAUUGGUUUUAUUUUCAUAUGUUAAGGAACUGUUCUCUUGAAUGCAAAAAUAUGUAU